CCAGCCGAUAGCGCAACCGCCGCUGGGUCAGCUACUGGCACAUCAGCUUCGCCUUCGUCUUCUACGAGUGGGGCAGCAGGAGACGGGAGUUCCGCUAGCGACGGCAGUUCCGCGGGUACGACUGGUGCUGCCGGCGCCACAGGAGGAGCUACGACUGCUGUUGGCGUAGCUAGUGGUGCCAUGAUAUCAGGCAGUGGCACUGCUGGUAAUGGUAUUGCCGGAAGCGGACAAAAUCUGGGUGGCGCACUCACAGACGAGCGUCGCAACGGGACUACUAGUGGAUCUGCUUCAUCUAACACAGUAGACAGUGCUAUGUCUGCAUCCUCCGACGCCGAAGACGAUCCUAGUCCUUUCCUUGAAGACGGUGAAAUAUUCACCGGCCCGACCGCAGCUGAGAUAUCAGAGCAGAUUCUGCGGUUCGAAGAUCUAGGCCUAGACCGUAUGAAAACGCAGUUGUCGGACUUGGGCAGGAGUAGCGAUGCAAUGGCAGUACUGAAGCAAAUCGUCAACACCGUGUCGCCUCCUGCUAGUGGCGACGCCAACGGAGACAAGACAGCGGCUCUGAUGAAACAGAUGAUGUCAGUAGUCGGUGGAGGUGAUGCAGCUGCGAAAUUGAUGAUGAUAGAUCCCAAUAGCGCUUAUUAUGCCAACUUGCCACCUGCGGAGCAAAACCUUCGUGCAGCGACCCCGCCAUCACCUGGCGGCGAAAAACCUGCUCUGAUGAGGAUCUUAGAGAACAUCCGAUUGCUAGAAAGUAAGCACAUCGAUUUGUCGAAGUUGAGUCGGAAUAUGCUGGGCAGCAUGCGGAACCAAGAGCUGGUUCUGACGCUGUUGAGCUCUAUACUCCUAACGCUCCACGACCAAACAAGGGAGUACAGGGGAAAGCUGGACAAGGUGCAGAAGGUCUUUCUGAAGGGGAGAGACCAUUGCUUCGAGAGUAUCCUCAACAACCAAGCAGGUGCCUUUGGAGUGACGGGAAUAUCAUCGUCGGGUCUGCGCGCUGGUGGAAACGCAACAAACAACAGCAGCAGUGUAGGAGGAGCCGGUGUCGGAGUGGGAAGUAGCGGUGUAGCUGGUGGCUCAUCUUCAAGUAGUGGAACCAGUAACGGCGCAACAGGAGUCGGCGAAGUUGACCCUUUCCUCUGCUUACUAGAGGCGGCAUUGAACAGCACAGCAGCAGGAUUACCGGAUGGCGCAGAAGAUGAUAACAACAUUCUACAGAGGUUGAGAGACCGUUUAGUUCCUGCCUCAGAAACCUGGCUCAGCGGCAUUUCCUUUACAGAAGACGAAACACACAUAUCCUUGGAUUUCUACUACCAGAGAAUCCGGGACUACGCUCUUCAAGUGUGGAAAGACACAGAGACGUUGCGUGGUUUGCUAGACCGUCUGUUGUCUAGUAUUUUGUCCUUUUUGGCGUCUGUUUGGUACGUCGUGACGUGGGCGACUGGGUAUCGAAGUGGAGAGUUGAAAACUCCGAUAUUGGACAUUUCCUGGUCUCCAGAGCGCGUGCUCUUGCUCUAUUUAGUCGUUUGUCACGUGUGGUCGGUCUUUCUCCGUAGAAUCUUUGCCACGAUAUGGGCCGUUCUCACUUACCCCUUUGUUGCUAUCGCAGCUGCUGUAAUGGGGAGAGGAGGAGGAGUUGUGGGAAGUGGUGUGCGGACGUUGUCGAGUGCAUCUACAGGAGCU